UGCCUUUAUAUGACACUAUUAAUCCUUAACUUUAUGCUUAAACUUCUCUUCUAAAGUCCUUACACAAACACAACCAAUAUGGCUUCACCCACUAGAGAACAAUGUAAGAUCUAUUCAUGUUCUCUACUCCUCAUCCUAUUUUUUUCCGGUGAGACGCUAGCGGCCCGGAGCGCCCGAGAUAGAGAUAGGAUCACCUCGCUACCGGGGCAGCCAUUAGGCAAGGUGAAUUUUAGCCAAUAUUCAGGCUAUGUAACAGUGGAUAAAAGGACUAAUAGGUCCCUUUUUUACUGGCUAAUUGAGUCACCAUUAAGUGGUAAAACCAAUUUGAAACCACUUGUACUUUGGCUUAAUGGUGGGCCUGGUUGCUCAUCUGUGGCUUAUGGGGCUUCUGAGGAGGUGGGUCCAUUUAGGGUCCAGCCUGAUGGGAAAACACUUACUUUAAGCCCAUAUGCUUGGAACAAAGAGGCCAAUUUGCUUUUCCUUGAUUCACCUGCUGGGGUUGGAUUCUCUUAUUCAAAUUCUUCGGUUGAUGUAGAAGAAAUUGGUGAUAGGAGAACUGCUCGAGAUGCCUACGUAUUCUUAACAAGAUGGUUCAAAAAGUUCCCCGAAUACAAGAAUAGACCAUUCUACAUAGCCGGUGAAAGUUAUGCAGGGCAUUACAUCCCUGAACUCUCCUUAAUCUUAGAUCGUCUCAACAAAGGAGUUAAAAACCCUACCAUAAACUUCAAAGGAUUUCUACUAGGGAAUCCAGUGAUAGAUAACUACCUAGACAACAAAGGAUCAUUUGAGUAUUGGUUCAAUCAUGGGUUGAUAUCAGAUGCAACAUACAAGGCACUAAACAAGUAUUGCUUGAAUGACUCGAUAUUGUUCCCAAAGGGUGAAUGUAAUGGCGCACUUUUCAAGGCUUACUCGGAGUUUGGAGACAUCAAUCCCUAUGACAUUUAUGGCCCUGUUUGUGAUGAUCUUUCCUCCCUCCACCCUCACUUUCCAUUUAAGUACAAGGGGAAUGAUGAUUGUAUAGUGACAUACACAAUAAAUUACAUGAACAGACCACAAGUACAAAAAGCUCUUCAUGCUAACAUCUCUGGCUCUAUUCCUCAUAGUUGGACUGCUUGCAGUGAAGUUGUUCGAAGCAGUUGGACUGACUCCCCGAAAUCUAUGCUUCCUAUCUUCAAGGAACUCAUAGCUGCUGGUGUUCAGAUUUGGGUAUUCAGUGGAGACACAGACGCGAUUUUACCACUAACUUCAACAAGAUUCUCCAUCAAUGCCCUUAAUCUCAGUACAAUUACAGAAUGGUAUCCUUGGUAUGACAGUGAAAAGGUUGGUGGAUGGAGCCAAGUAUAUAACGGACUAACCUACGUGACAAUCAGAGGUGCAGGACACGAGGUUCCAUUGACUAGACCCCGACAAGCUCUGCUUCUGUUUCAACAAUUCCUAAGGAAUCAGCCCAUGCCUCAGAUUACAAUUACAGAUUAAGCUAUGUGACACCAUAAAGUUCGCGACAAAAUUAAACUAUAGUAUUGUAUGAUAGAAAAUGUAUCAUUUUUAUUAUAUUGUGUGAUCUUGGUAGGUUAAGUAAAUUGUAUGAUCUCAUAUAUAUGUACUCAAUUAUUUGUCAAAAUAUGAAUCAGGACUUCAUGCUUUCUGUUUGUGUCAAAAAAGAAUUUCUGUUAAAACAAAUACAAUUUUCA